CGAGCGCUGGGAUCUUUGAAGCUUUGUGAAGGCAGAAGGAACAACGGCUCGAAGUUUUUUUUGUUUUUGGAGAAUUGGGCUCUUGGGAUCUCUGCUCAACCCGGUCCCAGUGGGGAGAAUCAAGGGACUCUAAGUAAAGCAGAGAGCACGUAAGGAACCUCCUGCACUGCAAAUCAUCACUGUGGAAUGGAAAUGCCUUGGAGAGGGAUCUCCAACAAACAUCUUUACUGAAAAUUGCAGCAAAGCAGUAUCCUGUGGACACAUUCUGUAUUCACAUAAAUAGAUUCCUCUCCAGAUGUCCUGCCAAUGAAAUCCUGAAGAAGACUCUACCCAGCAUGUUUGAAGAUUGGUGAUAGAAUGGAAGUGCUCCGUCGUUCUUCUGUCUUUGCUGCAGAAGUGAUGGAAGUGUUUGACCGGACUCCCACUGACAAGGAGCUGGUAUCUCAAGCCAAGGCGCUUUGCAGGGACUACAUUCACUCCAGGCUCAUUCGGGCUGGAAUUGGCUGGAAUAAGCCUGAGCACAGCUCACCUGUUCCAGUUGGCAAGUUAGCAGAAGUGUCCAGAAUACUUUUAAGGUUGGGGGAUGAACUGGAGUAUAUCAGGCCCAAUCUUUAUCGAAACAUAGCACGGCAGCUAAACAUCUCUCUCCAUUCAGAAACUGUGGUGACAGAUGCAUUCUUGGCUGUGGCCACUCAAAUCUUUUCAUCAGGAAUAACAUGGGGUAAAAUUGCAUCUCUCUAUGCCGUGGCAGCAGGCCUUGCUGUGGACUGUGUGAGACAUGCCCAGCCAGCCAUGGUCCAUACCAUUGUGGACUGUUUGGGAGAGUUUGUACGCAAGACUCUGGUGACAUGGAUGAAGAGGAGAGGAGGCUGGGCAGACAUAAUGAAAUGUGUAGUGAAUACUGAUCCCAGCCUCCGCUCCCAUUGGCUUGUGGCUGCCAUUUGUAAUUUUGGCCACUUUUUGAAGGCCAUCUUUUUUGUGCUCUUGCCAGAAAGAUGAUAUCUAAUUAACAAAACAAAUUCCAUUUUCUUCUCAGUGACAAAGAGACACAGUGAAGAAGUAACAAGAUGACUUUCCUCUAUGCUUUUCCAGCAAUGGGAAGCCUUUUUUCAGUUCACGUUUUAUACCAAGCAUCUUUGUGCUUUGAGAUUUGCACAGAUCUCUUCACAAGGCUGAGCAAUGGAAGAACUUGCCACUCAGUUUAUUGCUUAUAAAUUGUGUUACAUUUUAAUGUACUAAAAACACAAGGAAGCUGAUAUGGAGUUGUGCAAAGAGGAAAACUGUAUCCUAAACUUUUUGUAUUUUCCAGUUGUGAUUUUCACAGUGUUAUUCAUUCUGGAUUCUAAAUGCUUGGUUAAUGAUUGCUAAAUAAAGAAGAGAGGGGUUUCUCCAAUAUACUGAAAUUUAGUUUAAAUACCACUUCCUGUCUAAGAAACUAAACUGGGAUUAUAUAGCAUAGGUGGUCAAUCUACAUAUCCAUCUUUGUAUUUUCACACCUGAGGCACCAAGAUAUAAGGUAAUGUUUUUUAAAAGCUAUUUUUAAAGUUGAAUAAAAGGAUCCAGAGACAUCAAGCGCAACAACUUUUAGAAUGCAGCAAAAA